GUCGGGAAGCAUCGCGAUGCAUUUAAUUAUCAAGUACUAGCAUAAUUAAAUCUGUAUUUUAAUAUCUGUCAGCCGUGUAACAUACAAUCGGUAUUUAUCAUCAGUAAUAUGUUAAAACUUCUCAUCGUCCUAGAUUUUAUAUUGCUGCACUUUACGAGAUAUCGAGGGGAUUAUAGUAUUCAUACCUUGAUGCAAUCAUAUUUUUUCAACAUUAUUCUGUCACGAUGCACAUCGCGUGUGAGUAAGGACGGAAAUGCCACGUGUGAAGUACCGUGUGAUUAUCGUCUUCUAAUGAUUAGUACGUGCGAUCAUUAACCGUGUUUUCGUGUGUGGCUAUUGUGUGAGUGCUAUAAAUAAAGAGGCAACAAAGGAGAGAGAGAAGAAAAAUCUCAGAAAAUAUCGAGCGAUUAUGGAGCAAUAAUAAAGUAAAUAAUUUAACUUAUUAUUGGGUUGUUCAAAAAGUCAUUGCGUUUUUUCCAAUAGAUGACGUUGUCCACAUUUAUUUGUAUGCGAGCGUGACAUGAAUGUCAAAUGUUUACGCGCGUUUUGUUGUUGACACUCAACCUAAAAACCAAAAAAAAAGUUGACGCGAUUAGGUCGAAUUUUGUGCUUGCAAUUGUGGUUCGAACAUGGAGAAUUUUGAAGAGCAUAUUCUCCAUAUUCUGUUUUAUUACUUCAAAAAAGGGAAGAAAGCAACUGAAGCAAGGGAAAAGUUGCGUCGAGUUUACGGCAGAAAUGUCGUCAAAGAACGCCAGUGCCAGAACUGGUUCGCUCGAUUCCGUGAUGGUGAUUUCUCAGUCAAAGACGCUCAUCGCUCCGGUAUGCCUUCCAAGAUUGACGACGAUGAAAUGAAAGCAUUGGUGCAAGCAAAUAAGCAUUCAACGGUUCGGGAGCUUGUUACCGUUCUAAAAGUGUCCGUUGGAAGUGUUCAUGGCCAUUUGAAAUAGGCUUCGUAAAGAAGCUCGAUGUUUGGGUAUCGCAUGAGUUGAAAGAAAUUCAUCUGACGAAUCGCAUGAGCGUCUGCGAUCAACUUAUCAAACUCGAAGAAAACGAUCCGUUCUUGAAGCGUAUGAUCACGAACGACGAAAAAUGAAUUGUUUACAAUAAUGUCAGCCGAAAAAGAAGUUGGAAUAGGCGAGGUGAAGCACUGGAAAGGCAAGUAAAGGUGGAGAUCCACCAAAAGAAGGUAAUGCUGUCAAUGUAGUGGGAAUUGGAAGGGACCAGUCUUCUAUGAGCUACUUCCAAAGAACAAAACGAUUAAUUCUAAUGUCUACUGUGAGCAGCUGCAGAAAUUAAGUGAUGCCAUCGCACAGAAAUGUCCCGAGCUAAUCAAUCGUGUGUCAAGGAUGUGGUGUUUCACCACGAUAAUGCGAUAUCACACACAAGUUUGGUCACUCGGCAAAAAUUGUUGCAACAUGGUUGGGAUGUGUUAUCACAUCCACUGUCCAGACCUUGCACCAUCAGAUUUUCAUCUUUUUCGUUCCUUGCAAAACUCCUUGAAUGGUAAAACGUUUGCUUCUGAAGACCUCAUCAAACAAUACCUAGACAAGUUUCUCGCAGAGAAAGAUGGAAAGUUUUAUGAACGUGAUAUUAUGAAGUUGCCUGAAGUUGGA